AUGCGGCGGGCCGGCGCGGAGCUCCGCCGGGGCGCCGCGGCGUUCUACAGGGGCCUCCUGUCGCGGCUGCUGGUGCGGGCGCCCGGAGGCUUCGAGAGGCUCCCGACCGGCGGCACGUGCCGAGAUGGCUUCCUCGCGCAGAGGGACCUGGCGCAAGGAGACGUGCAGCAGUGCCUGCAGCUGUGCGACGAGGCCCCUGGCUGCGAGGCCGUCGCCUUCAACGACCUCUGCUGCAUGCUCUACGAGGGGCGCUGCGACCCGGGCCUGUUGCGGACCGACGGGGGCCGGGCGGCCUACGCCGCGUGGCGCCGGG